GUCGAACCAUUUGCACUCAUUCUUCUGUUAGCGCUCGAGUGUACCGCACGCGUUUUGAUUGCGCUCUCGUUGAACCGUCUGACUAACCGUGUGUCUCGUUGUUUUUUUUUUGCUCUGCUUGAGUGUUGGGAGAAAUACUUUCUAGUGAAAGAGGCGAAGCAAGUGUUGGGGCAGUUGAAGGCGCAGUGAUAACCUUGAAGGAUAAUUUGAGUUGAUUGAGCGUGCUACGCUGAAGGAUAUUGUGAGAUAGAUUGAAGCAAAGUGUGAAACAGUGGGAUUUUUUUUUUUUUGAAGGUGUACUUCCAAGUGAUUCUAGUGCAAAAAAAGAUACCGGAGAAUAUCCGGAAGUAAAUCCGCCAAAAUUUGUGUCAAACGAGCAAGGAAGAUGAAGGCCAUCACAGCGGUGUGUGCUACGGGAGCUUCGGUGCCGGCGAUUGCCAACGGCCGGGUUCAGCGACACCGUGAUGGGGAGAAUGCCGAGAUCCAGAUGUACUUGUCAAAGUUGAAGGAUUUAGUGCCGUUCAUGCCGAAGAACCGCAAACUGUCAAAGCUGGAGGUCAUCCAGAACGUCAUCGAUUAUAUUUGUGAUCUUCAGAGUGCUCUGGAGUCCCAUCCGGCCGUGAACAGUUUCGAUCCCGUUCAGGCAUUGGCUAGUCAUCAGAGCGCGGUGGAACCUAUGGAGUCCACACCGGUGGGUCCUCGGCAACCGCUAGGAGUUCGACCAAGUCCUAACACCAUCCUGGCAAAUGGUAGCAUUGCUACAAAUGUUCCUGCCAGUCCUGCCGUUUCCAAUAGUUCCAGUGUCAGCAGCAGUAGUAGCAGUAUCAGCGAGUCAACCAAUGUGGCGAAAGACAAAUCAACGUGAAUUGUCAACAAAAAAGUUGGUGAACAAUGCUUGAACGCCCACCCGGGACUCGACCCGGCGACGCCCGUCACGCCAGUCCCGUUUGUUGGCCGCUGCCCCGCAUUUUACGGGAGUAGGGAUGAUCUCAGCUUUGAACUGAACAAAACAAUACUACUACAAAACUGACUGUCACAAACAAUACACCUACAUUACGCAUCAACACAUACUAACAGCACCGGUCAAUGAUUGAUCGAGAUACAAAUGCAACCAGAACAGAAGAUCGUGGCCGUGAGGACGUGGCCGGCACGUCCCCAACUGCACCCGAAGGCGGGCGUAUCGUUUUAGUGCGCGUGCGUCAUCUUAUUAUUAAUUAUUAUAAUGUUCUGUGAUCUAUAGAAUAUGUUUUUACUUGAACGAACGGUCAUAAAACUGAUUUCACUCUCAAGCGGAUAAGAACAAAGCAAAAAACAAACACCGCACGGUUGACGCUCCGAUAGAACAAUAGUCAUCUGUCAAAAAAGUCGACACCGCUUACCGGUCAUAGGAGGCGACCUCUUGUACAAAGUAUAGAAUUUAGUUAACCAUUAACCUCCCAUUACGUUUCAAAAUUCAUAGACGAAGAGAAUAUUCAGUUCUCGUCGAAUCCGGAUCUUUUUUUUUUUUUCAUUAACUAUGUAGAGAUGUUGUUCAACACACGUGCAACAGAAACCGAUGACUUUAUAAUGUUUGUUUUUUAGUUUUUAGUCAAGAAGAAGGCAUAAUCUUUAUUUAUGUACAUAUAGUAAACUAGAACAAAUUAUAUUUGUUCCUUUUGAAGAAAUAAUUUAUAAAAUAGUGAGACUCUGUCAUAUAAUAAACAAAUAUGAAAAAAUGUCAUUAAUUGAAAACAA